AUGGCCGGCCGCAUCGAGUCGAGUGGGCGGGCCUCCCUUGCUGAUCCUGUGGAGCACCUGGCGGCGCGUGGUGGCCUCCCUAACCGCGAACUCAUGUGCCGGCCGCAGCCCACCAAGCGGCUUGCGGCUGACUCCUGCGCGCAGUGGCUCCAAUAUCAGCCAGCGAUCCAGCCGCCCUGUUGA